CAGGGGCGGACUGACCAUUUGGAAACUCGAGCACUGCCCGAGGGCCCGGGGUCAGUAGGGGGCCCCAUGAGAUUCCCCUGGUACCUUUUUCAUAGGCUUUUUUGAGUUUGGGCAAGGACACAGGGGCCCCAUGAUCCCCUAUUGCUCGGGGGCACCAUGAGUUGUCAGUCCACCCCUGCCCACCCCUACAUAUGCACACGUAUGAAUGUAAAUGUACACGUCAGGGCCUGUACUCAUGAAAACGUAGAUUGCGAUACAUGUUGCCACGUAAAAUGGAGGGGCAACGCU